AUCAGAGCAUAUCGCAAAAUUGCGGGUGUGGAAAAUGGAGAUGGAAGUAAGAUCAGUUGCAGGAAUUCAAGGUUGUUACGUUUCAUUGCCAUUUCAUUUUAUUCAAACACUCCUCCAAUCUACUUCUUCUUCUUUUAUAGCUCUUGAACUUCGUUCACUUGCUAAUCCUGAUGACUUCUGGUAUGUCGCCUGGUCUGGCUCUUCCUCUUCUUCCUCUUCCGCUAUUCAGAUUGCUCAACAAUUUGCAGAAUGUAUUCGUCUGCCGGAUCAUACAAUUGUUAGAGUACGUGCCAUUCCUAAUCUUCCAAAAGCCAUCAGUGUGAUGAUAGAACCUGAUACCGAAGAUGAUUGGGAAGUUCUAGAGCUAAAUGCAGAGCAUGCAGAGGCAGCUAUUUUAAAGCAGGUAGGAAUUGUCCAUGAUGGAAUGAGAUUUCCUUUGUGGUUGCAUGGGCAUAAAACUGUUACAUUUUCUGUACUCUCAACUGAUCCCAAGGAACCAAUGGUGCAACUUGUGCCGGGGACAGAAGUCUCUGUUGCUCCUAAGAGACGCAGAAAAACCGGAAACUCCAUUGUAAAGGCAUUACUACGUAUUCAAGACGGUGACAACAGAUUUCUUCAGAAAUGUCAAGUCAAUGACACUGAGAUGGGGAUGAUACUCACUUCUGCUGCCUUUAUUCAUCCAGAAACAGCUGAGUUUUUUUCAUUAGAUUCUCUUCAAACUAUAGUUUUAGAGACAAGGUUGGUUCAAAAGGAAAGCAAGUUAAAUCAUGAAAAUUCAACUCUAAAAGAAGUUAAUAAGGGAAAUCCAUUUGACAAGGACAGUAGACAGGCUAUUGUUUGUGUUCUGCUUUCAGAUUCUGUGGCUAGAGGACAUGUCAUGAUAGCUCACUCAUUACGGUAUUAUUUGAGAGCGAGCCUACAUUCUUGGGUACAUGUGAAAAGUUGCAAUGUAAUCGUACAAAAAGACGCCCCUUCAUUUCUUCUUUCUCCCUGUCAAUUCAAGUUUCUUGGGAAAAAGCUCGCUGAAAAUGGCGGUUUUGAUAAUCUUAAUGGCCGCAAGAAUCGAGAGCGAGGGAAAAUGUUUUUAAAGACAAACUCGGACACCCAAUCUGACAUGCCUGAUUGGUCAACUCAUGAGAGAAUAAUCACAGUCCUUUCAGAUGAAUCAUCAGAUCAUGAAAAUGAAGAAACCCCUGUCAGCUCCAGUACUAGAACUGGGUUACUACAUCUUCUGCGUGCAUGGAUUCUGGCUCAACAAGAUGCUAUUUUUUCUUUUUCUAAAACAGAAUCAAGUUCUAUUAUUUUGGGAAACAAGACGUUGGUUCACUUUCAGGUUAAAGAUCUUGAAUUUAUAAAACAUGUGAAAAAACAUGAAGUAAGAAAGAGUGGUGAAUCAUCAGUGGAUAUCAUGUACGUUAUGUCAGUUUCUGAAGACACUGUGAAAAGUGGAGUAGCUUACGAGAUUGAAUUUUUGGAAAGACACAAGACAAAAGUAAAUCAGAAAAGCUUAGAUUUUUUUCUACAGAAGUCGUGUUUGGGUGAAGGUUUACCUCUUUAUUCUGUUAAAGAAAGGGCAUCUGAAAAUCGAUCUAAUAUAGAGAUAUCUUCAUUGAGCUGGAUGGGCACAACAGCAGCAGAUGUAACUAAUAGAUUGAUGGUGUUAUUGUCCCCUACCUCUAGCACGUUCCUAAGUACUUAUGAUCUCCCUUUUCCAGGACAUGUGUUGAUCUAUGGACCUCCUGGUUCUGGUAAGACGUUAUUAGCCACAACUGUUGCAAAAACUAUUGAAGAAGAUGAUAGUGUCUUGGCACACAUAGUUUAUGUAAGCUGUUCUAGACUUUCCUCAGAUAAGUCCCAAAAAAUCCAUCAAGCUCUUUCUAGUUACUUAGCUGAAGCAUUGGAUCAUGCUCCUUCUCUUGUGGUACUUGACGAUCUUGAUAGCAUAAUAGCAUCUCAUAAUAACUCAGAAGACCUUCACGCUUCAUCUUCUUCUACAUUGUUAUUAGAAUUUCUCACAGGCAUCUUGGAUGAAUAUGAGGAAAAGUGUAAGAAUUCAUGUGGAGUUGGUCCCAUUGCAUUGAUAGCUUGUGUGCAGACCCUAACUAGUAUUCCACAGGCCUUGAGCUCUUCUGGCAGGUUUGACUUCCAUGUGCAACUGGCUGCUCCUGCAGCUGCUGAACGUGGUGCUUUACUGAAAAAUGAGAUUCAGAAACGUUCUUUAUUAUGUUUUGAUGACAUUUUGGUGGAUGUAGCUUCUUCAUGUGAUGGAUAUGAUGCAUAUGAUCUGGAAAUUUUGGUUGAUAGGUCAGUUCAUGCUGCUACUGGUCGCUUUGUCUCUGGUGGCUUGACUUUUGGGAGUGACAAUAAACCUACUUUGACAAAGGAUGAUUUUCUACAAGCAAUGAAGGGGUUUUUGCCGAUAGCCAUGCGUGAUAUUACUAAGUCUGCUUCCGAGAAGGGCCAUGGAGGCUGGCAGGAUGUUGGUGGUCUAACUGAAAUUCGUAAUUCUAUCAAAGAGAUGAUUGAACUGCCUUCAAAGUUUCCAAUGAUAUUUUCACAAGCUCCUCUACGGAUGAGGUCUAAUGUUCUCUUAUAUGGUCCUCCUGGUUGCGGUAAAACACAUAUUGUUGGUGCUGCUGCUGCUGCAUGUUCACUACGGUUUAUCUCUGUGAAAGGACCCGAGCUGCUGAAUAAAUAUAUCGGUGCUUCUGAGCAAGCGGUACGUGAUAUAUUCUCAAAAGCAGCAGCAGCAGCCCCAUGCCUCCUCUUUUUUGAUGAAUUUGACUCAAUUGCUCCAAAAAGAGGUCAUGACAAUACUGGGGUGACCGAUCGAGUUGUUAAUCAAUUUUUAACAGAGUUAGAUGGCGUUGAAGUGUUAACUGGAGUAUUUGUUUUUGCUGCCACUAGUAGACCUGAUUUACUCGAUGCUGCCUUGCUGCGACCUGGUAGAUUAGAUCGUCUACUUUUCUGCGAUUUUCCGUCACCGCAAGAGAGACUGGAUAUUCUUAUUGUUCUUUCCAGAAAGCUACCAUUGGCUAAAGACGUCAAUUUGGAAACUACAGCUCAAGUGACAGAAGGAUUUAGUGGAGCAGAUCUCCAAGCUCUCUUGUCAGAUGCACAGCUGGCAGCCGUUCAUGAUCAUCUAAACAGUCAAGACGCUCACAAGCCUGGGAUUAUGCCGCUGAUUACUAAUACCCUCUUACAGUCGAUUUCCACCAGUGCACGACCUUCAGUUUCAGAAGCUGAAAAACAGAGAUUAUACAACAUUUAUGGCCAGUUCUUGGAUGCUAAAAGAUCUGCUGCUGCACAGUCGCGGGAAGCUAAAGGGAAAAAAGCAACCCUAGCAUGAGGAUUGGCCAACCACUACUUUAUGUAAUUUGAGGAAAUUCAACAGAUUGAUUUUCAGCUUCAAGGCUUUCAAAUGCAUCAGAAGGGCGACCAACUUUUUAUGCAUAGCGGUAGCUGCCGCCGAAUUAAUCUAAUGGUAUUUCUGUAGGCUUAUAAAGCUGUAAAUUUAAGAUUAUAGAACCCAACUGACAUUUCAAUUAAAUGAGUUAUCUUAGAAUGGAUUAUAACUGCUUGAAAGAUCAUAAUAAGAAGAUGCCUCUAGAAUUUCGGUGUA